AGUUCACCAUGAAUCACACUAUUCUGUUCAUUUUCGCUUUUGUUGCUAUUGUUUUUGCAAAACCUCCCAUUAAAGGUUCUGGAACAAGUAGCGAGGAAAAGGCUGAGCGUUCUUCUACCGCACAGAGCAUUCUUUCUUCUGGACCAGAAGACGUCACUGACAGUUCCGAUAUCACAACACCAGCUGUCGAUGUGAUUAUCCAAAAGAAAGAAGUGGCAAUAGUUCUAGCGGAAGUACCAGAUGCGAAGGAGCGUCGAUCUGUGGGAGAUAGAAUUACUCAGCAGGCUGAAGAGAGCACUGAGGCUCCCGAAAGUUCUAGUCCAGUUUUUGUUGCAGUCGUAGCCAAAAAAGUUUCUCCAGUUACAGCAGUUUCGUCAGCAGAUGCUAAAAACUCUUCUCAGGUUAAGGAGGACGGUAUCAUUGUAGUUUAGUGUUUAGUCAUUUAUAUUGUAUUC